AAAAAAAAAAAAAAAAAAAGUAAAAAUAAAAGUGCAAUAGAAAGAACCCGACGCAUUGUCGAUGCAUUUCUCUUGUUUCAUAUUGUACAACUGUAAUGACAUGCCGUUCUAUGCUCGAUUGUUUGCCGAUGGAGCUCAUUGACAAGAUCCUGGGGAAACUGUCAAUGAUGGAGUACGCUGCAUUGAUCCAUGUCAACCGAACUUGGUACGCUAUUGCACUUCAAUGGUUAUACCAUACGCCGCGAAUAGAAUCGGAACGCCAAAUAGACCAGUUUGUCAACGUGAGCGGCCGUGCGCUUCAGCAUGUAAUUGAACUGGAUUUGACCGCCGUCAGCCAAUUUGUUCGCGACGACCACCUCAUUCAACUCAGCGAAAAGCAAUGCAAUCGUCUGCGUGUGCUUCGACUGUCAAAUUGCAACGUAUCACCCGAAGCGAUCAAUCGGUUAUUACGACUCUCGGUCAAUGUGCUGCAAACUGUUUUACUGUCGAAUUGUAAUUUAUCGUCGGAAACCUUGGAAACCCUCGGUCAAGCCAGCGUGCAUCAUUUGCGCACACUUGAUCUGAGCAACACCAUGAUCCGGCCAUGUGCCACGUUUGAUGCGCCUAAUCACUUGGAACCCAUGACUAAAGGUUAUUUUCCUCGUGAUAACCAGCUGGUGGAACUCGAUUUGUCCUAUUGCAGCUGGGUGGAUAACCAGACCUUGAAAAAUGUGUUUGUUGGGCUGCCGAGUAUUCAGCGAUUAAGUCUUUGCUGGUGUCAUUUAUUGGAGUAUUUAUCCAUUUUUCACCUUGUCCGCAACCUUACCCAGCUCCAUAUCAUUGAUUUGCGCUUUAUUAAUGCCAUCUCAUGCGCUGCGGCCUAUGCGUUACUGGAAGCCAAUGCCAAUCUCUCGCAAGUCUUAUUUACCCAUCGCCUCAAACCUUCACAGGUUCGACGCAAAGAACGAAUGGCUUGUCCUGCAUCGCGACUGGUGGAUUUAUGAAACCCUUAAAAAUCAACGAAUUGUACCAUAGCAUCACUGUAACCAUACUGUAACAACAUUGUAAAUAAAAAGAAAACUUCUAUUGUAAUAGUAACAUAUAACAGAACUG